AUGGAUAAUUUCAAGAAAGAUUUAAUACUGACCAUAAAUGAAAAUAUAAACAAAAUCAAGGAUUCUAUAUUGCAGACCAUUAAUGCCAGUAUUGACGGAAAGUUUCUUGGCCCACAGCCGAAGGAAAUAAUACCUAAGCCUAGCUACGCGGAAAUGUUGUGUCCUAAGCAGUCCAGAAUUGUCAUCAGACCUAAAGAUAGCAGCCAAGAUAACACCCGAACAAAAAAUGAUAUUCUCAACCAUAUUAGACCUGCGGAUGAAAAUAUCCAGCUAAGCAGGGUUAAGCAUAUAUCGGACGGGGGUAUUCUUCUGACAGCAGACUCUAGUAGCGUAAGAAGAGUUAAAGACAUUGCCAAUGAGAAGCUCGCAGAAGGUUAUGAAAUUCGAGAACUUAAGUCAGCACUACCAGUUGUUACCAUCAUCGGACUGACAGAAGAUUACUCAAACGAAGCUCUUGAACACCAUAUCAGAUCUCAAAAUAAAAAUAUUUUUAACAACUUAUCUGAGCUAAGUGUACUUAAAGUUUGGUCCACAAAAAAUAAUGCUGAUAUUUUUCAGGCCAAUCUGCAGAUUGAUACGGUGACUUUUAAUAGUCUAAAACAGCAUAACCGAAAUGUAGUUGGCCUUGACAACUGCAAUAUAUACGAUUCUACCUCGAUUACCCGCUGCUUUAAAUGUAAUAACUUUGGUCACUCUCUAAAAUACUGUUAA